UGAACACUUGUACAGGGGGUGGCGAGCUCACUCGCAGGAACGCCCCCAAUGCAGGUGAGCACGAGCGUUCUGUUCGCCAGAGAGCGCGACGCGCUUGAGUUGCGUGCGUUUUGUUCACAACGUAACGGCGUCAACUUUGGCGCGCGCAGCUGUCACGAUUCCGGACGCCCGAGUGGCGGCAUUGCCCACCUGCCGUUCGGACUUGAGCUAACGGGACCGCCCUGCCCAAGCCGGAGUGGAGCCACACCAUGCAAGGAGCGCGGGAGGAGGAUUGCGUCUCGCUUGUGUCCGCGGACUGAGCCUUCUACCAUGGAGGACAAGUUUAAUAGACUCAUCUUCAUCCCUAUUGCGGCCGUGCUCUGCUUCAUGAUAGGCUACCAGUACGUAUGCCCAGCGGAGAGCAAAACUUGCUACUUCCGACGUGAAGAGAGCGUCCUUUUCGAGCAAUAUUCAUCCCUCAGCCCAGAGCAGCAGCUGGACGAGGACCUCCCCGAUAAGACCGCGUUCACACUUAACUUCACGGAGCGUGACCUGGACAGACACGUGGACUUUGACAUCCGAGGAGAUGACGUGAUGGUGUUCCUGCACAUCCAAAAGACCGGAGGAACCACGUUCGGGCGCCACCUGGUUAAGAACAUCCAGCUGGAGCAGCCCUGCGAAUGUACACCCGGCCAGAGAAAAUGCACGUGCCACCGGCCCGGCAAAAGCGAGUCGUGGCUCUUUUCACGCUUCUCAACCGGCUGGAGUUGCGGCUUACACGCCGACUGGACCGAGCUCACGAGUUGCGUUCCCGUGGUGAUGAACAAGCGCGACAAAAAGAGUUCCCGAAAGAGAAAAAGGAAUUUCUACUAUAUUACCAUGCUACGAGACCCUGUGUCACGCUUCCUCAGUGAGUGGAAGCAUGUACAGCGCGGCGCCACCUGGAAAACCGCCCUGCACAUGUGUGACGGCCGCCCACCCACUCAGGACGAACUUCCAGCCUGCUACAGCGGCGAGGACUGGACCGGCGUGACCCUGGCAGACUUCAUGGAUUGUCCCUCCAACCUCGCCAACAACCGCCAGGUGCGCAUGUUGGCUGACCUCAGCCUCGUAGGCUGCUACAACAUGUCGUCUAUGAGCGAAUUGGAACGAGGCCGCGUGCUGCUCGCCAGCGCCAAGGCCAACCUGCGUAACAUGGCCUUCUACGGUCUGACCGAGUACCAGCGAAAGACGCAACACUUAUUUGAGCGGACUUUCAACCUGCGUUUCAUUCGGCCCUUCACGCAAAUCAAUAGCACGCGCGCCGCCAGCGUGGGAAUCAACAAGAAAGUGCAGUGGCGCAUCGAGGGGCUGAACGCCCUCGACGUGGAGCUCUAUGAGUACGCCAAGGAGCUUUUCCUGCAGCGCUACCAGUACAACCGCCAAAAGCAGCGUCAAGGGGAGCGUCUCCGGCGGCGGCAGGAGAAGCAGCGUCUCCACAGGACCUACCUGGCGCAGUUGCUGAGAUUAGGAGGAGCUGAGAAAGAGGAGGAGCAGGUGCUUGCCACGACGGAGGACUAUAACAGCCAGGUGGUGCAAUGGUGAUGAGGAAAUAGCAUAGACCAAGCUAACUGUCGUUCUCCUCCCCUUUGCUGUCAAUCUGCCAAAUUCUUCUCCUCCCAUCGUCCUUUGUUGGCUGGCCAAAAGGUGUCUUAAUAUUUAUGAUUGAUGUGUUUGUAACAUUUUGUAUGUGUUGUUUCUCAUGGCUAUUUUUGGCUCUGCAGUUGUAAAAUGCAUUUAACUUUCAUGAGCAAAGCCAAAUGUUUGAGACAUUUGGCUAGAAGUGUAUGUCUGCAAAAAAACGGUGCAGCAGUUUUAGAAAAUUCAUAGAACCACAAAUGGACUUUAAGGAUUUUCUCUGUAAUGUUCUAGUGCUGUGUUCACCGUUAAAUUAUUGUGCUUACUUUGUGGCUAGGUCAGAAAAUCAAAGCACAAACUUGGCUGUCGUCUCUCUUGCCUCCUACUCACUGACCUCCACAAAUGAGACUCAAUCAAGGUUGUUCCUUUGCGGAAAUUCUGUUAAUAAAAAUAUACAGCAUCCUGUGGUA